GGGAUCUCCAAGCUGGGAAGCGAGCACCUGUAGUUACCAUGGACAAGCUGGAUACACUUCUCAAAGAGACAGAGCUGCUUGCACGGCACAUGUCCUCUUAUCAACACGAAUUACCCCCUGAUCUAGAUUCUGCCUCAAAAGUUAGUGAGGAAGCUAAGAAUGAGUUAAUACAGGAGUGUGAAGACCUCUGGACAGAAAUGAAACAGUGCCAGAAUAAGCUGAUGGUUCUAGAUGCAGAGACAUUACCGGAGUCUGAUGUGCAGCUGCAUCUGCUUAUGCUGAAAGUAAAGGCCCUAACAGCAGAAUGUGAACAGUGGCAAAAUAAGACGCCAGACAUAAUCUCCCAGAACCAGGAUAUUCUGCUAGCCGCUGGAAAAGAAGAGCUGAAAACAACUGAUCAGGAGCUUGAAAUGAUGCUUUCCAACGUUCGAGCCAAGAACAAGAAACUGAAGACUGAUCUGGAGAAAGAAGAACACUGGUUGGAUGAACAGCAGAAGGCAGUGGAUGCGCUCACGGCCAAGCUAGAGGAGCUGAACAAUCAGGCAUCCAAUAUUUCCCAAAGCAGUGUACAUGAGAAGCUAAAAACUAGGCUUCAGAAAGUGGGAUCCUACAGGGAUGAAUUAUUAACUGCACUUGGAGACUUUCUAUCUGAAAACUUCCCUCUUCUGGAGGAACCGGAUAAGAGGGUAAAGAGGAAAAAGGGUGCAGCUGAAUCAGCACAAGUAGAAUGGAUACCAUUAGCAGAUAUUUUAGAGGCCCUCAUCAGCAAAAAUUUUGGAUUCUCCUCAUGAUCCUUACAUUAGAAUUAAAGAGGAAUUUUGGCCACCUUAUAUUGAAAUGUUACUCCGAUAUGGAAUUGCAUUGCGCCAUCCUGAAGAUCCAAACAAAAUACGUCUAGAAGCUUUCCAUCAAUGA